GCCUCCGCCCGCCGAGAGGAGGCGCCCGCCGUCCUCGAGGAGGCCGCCGCCGGGGCGUCGGCCCCGGAGCCCGCCGCCGAGGCGGAGGCCUGCCACACCGCCGUCGAGGGCGAGGACUGCUACGAGGAGGUGACCUACUCGAGGCAGACCGGCGUGCUGAAGCACCCGGACCGGUACGGCGGCCUGACCGUGGACUCGCCUUUCGAGGCCUUCCAGCGCCACGUGCACGCCCUCUCCAAGGUGUGCCCCGCGCCCUGCGAGCCUGCGGGGGACUCCAGCGCCCAGCCCGCCGCCACGGAGCCGCAGAGCGCCGUCGCCGACGCGGCGCCCGCCGAGGAGCAGUCGCCCGCCGAAGCGGCCGCCUCCGAGGACCCGCUAGAGGACCCUGCGGCCGCGGAGCAGGCGCCCGCCGCGGAGCAGGGCGCCGCGGCGCCCGCCGCCGGGGAGCAGGGCUGCCACACCGCCGUCCAGGGCGACGCGUGCUACGACGAGGUGAUGUACUCGAAGCAGACGGGCGUGGUGAAGCACCCAGACAAGUACUCCGCGGCGCGCA